AUGAUGCACACUUGUGGAAAACUGUCACAGAAGCACAACUGAGUCAUACCUAACAUUUUAAUCAAGAAAGCCUACAGCAAAAAUGAAGUUUUUUGCUUUCCUCUCCAUCUUGGCGAUAGUUUUUCUUUGUCUUAUAUUCGGUCAUGUGAACUCUGAACCUGCUUCUGGUGAAGGAAGAGAGCCUGUAUGUGAUGUGAAUGCAUCCCUGAGAUGCCCAAGAAUUUAUAACCCUGUAUGUGGCAGUGAUAAGAGAACAUAUGACAAUGAAUGCAUGCUCUGUGCUGAAAGGCAGAGGACUAAGGUGAAUAUUCGGAUUACCAAGGAUGGAUUAUGCUGAAGAAUCUGAUUUCACUAUUACACAAAUUCUCCAUGCUCCUUCAUACAUAGAAUGUUGCUGAAUAUUUUGAUGCAAUAAAUUGCAAUCUAGCUUA